AUGUCAGAAAUCCCUUCCCAACCUGCUCUACCGUCUCCUCCUUUCUACGCUGUUGAGGGCGUUUACAAUCUCAGGGAUGUCGGUGGCUACGCCGUCUCCCCCACCACAUCAGUACGGCGCAACUUCAUCUAUCGGUCGGCGCACCUAUCAAGCAUAACACCCACAGGAGCACAAUCUCUCGUCGAUGAUCUAGGGGUGUCGUACAUCUACGACUUCCGCUCCGAGGUCGAGAUAGCCAGGUAUCCGCUUGUAGACAUACCGGGUACCACUUGCUGCCAUGUUCCUGUUUUUAAAGACCAGGAUGCAAGCCCUGCGAACCUGGCGUUAAGAUAUAAAGACUACGCUGCCGACGAUGGCUCAGCAGGCUUCAUCCGUGCAUAUAAGGAUAUACUUGGGAGCGGAGCAAAGUUCGCCUACAAGGUCGUUUUUGAACAUAUUCGAGACCAGCCUACGGAACCGUUACUGUUUCACUGCACGGCUGGGAAGGAUAGGACGGGAGUGUUUGCUGCUCUGGUGCUGCGUCUUGCUGGUGUUGUGGAUAAUGAGGUUAUUGGGAAAGAGUACGAGCUUACUGAGGCUGGGCUGAAAGGGCUUCGAGAGGACUUUAUACAGAAGUUACUUCAACAUCCUUCUGUUGCUGGGGAUCGGGAUGCAGCGUUGAGGAUGACGAGUGCAAAGGCUGCUGCGAUCAUUGGAACUUUGGAAUGGCUGGAUGAAGAAUACGGAUCUAAAAGAUCAAGAAGAACAUUAUUGCAGAAGGGGCUGGGAUUCAUUUGA